UACAAAGAGGAAGCUUGGUACAGAUCAGCACUUCAUCAGGCUCCGCCCAUUUGCGUCAACCAAGUUUAAGUCAGGGCGGAAGAUGGCGGCGGCGGCGGCUGGGACAGGUCCAGGGGUCCCAGAUGGGGAACCGGAGGGGUCAAACCGCGAUCACAGUACUUUUGAAUGCAACAUCUGCCUGGAGCCUGCCAGAGAAGCUGUCAUCGGCCUGUGCGGCCACCUGUACUGCUGGCCUUGUCUUCACCAGUGGUUAGAAACUCGGCCGGAGCGUCAGGAAUGUCCUGUGUGCAAGGCAGGCAUCAGCCGGGACAAAGUCAUUCCUCUCUAUGGGCGUGGAAGCUCCGCUCAGCAGGAUCCCAGAUUGAAAACUCCUCCCCGACCCCGAGGGCAGCGCCCGGAGCCCGAAUCGCGAGGGCAGGGCAUCGGCAGUUUCCCUGAAGCAGCCACGGGCUUCCACAUGGCAUUCGGCAUUGGUGCAUUCCCUUUUGGCUUUUUUGCUACGGGCUACAGUGCUCCAGGAGAAAGAGCAGAUACAGAUGUGGCCAGACCGUCCAGCUGGCAGGAUUCGUUAUUUCUUUUCAUUGCCAUCUUCUUUUUCUUCUGGUUACUCAGUAUAUAACCGGCUGGACCCUGCUGAGCUUAACCUGUACUAAAAAAAAAUCUAAAGAACAGAACGAAAGGACUUUGAUAUUGGGGGGAUGAUGGGGGUGGGUGGGGAGAGAGAGAGGGAGAGAGAGAGAGACCGGGUUUUGGGUGGGUGGCUUUGAACGCAUAGGAGAGACAGCAAGGAGUUAAUACUAUAUGGUGGAGUGAAAUUCUCUCUUUUUUCAUCCCCUCACUCCCCCCAUCCUGAGAAUUAAAACCAUAAUAGGGCCGCUUGCUUCUUCAAGUGGUUUGCAAAAUGGUUAUCUAUAUACAACCCCAACCUAAUUAUGGAUUGAAUGGGGGGGGAGUAACUAUGCUAGAAUGAUCCCUUUCUAUUCUUCAAAGAAAGAUCUCAAAUGUGAGGGCAAUCUCGAAUUACGGCGAAGGUUGGAGACGGCCGAAGCAAGCCCACGCGGACUACUCGUUCUUUCCAAGUUACAUAAAAGCAGGAGGACGAAGGAAGUCUGGCCUUGUGCAUCUUCCUCCCCCCCGCCUGUUCUGGUUGCAAUAACAUUUGCCUAUCCAUUGGCAAUCAAUUUAAUCUUAUUGAGCCAAAGCGACUAGACCUGCCUCUACGUAAAAGUGCACGAAUCAGGGAAAGGGGUUUUGGAGGGCAAGCCAAGGUGGACAUGACAGAUUCUGUCUCUGAUAGAGAUGUGGUGAUGGGGAGUCUCCCUCUUUCAGCCCGCUGCCACAGGAAGUGAUUGUGGGAAGGGCUGUGAAGAUGUUUGAAAGUGAGAGGCAGGGAAGGAGAAGACCUGGUGCUUCAGGAUCCCACAGGAAGUGGCUGCCUAAUUUUUUUAACGAGAUCAGGUGACCUCCCACGAAGAGCUUCUCUUGGCUACUUUUUUGAUAGGGCAAACCGCCCGAGUUUUGAUAAUGCAUCUGCUAUGGUGGGUAUUUUUCUCUCCCCCCUUUCCCCUCCUCUCUCUUUUUGAGGGAGGUUAUUUAAUGUUGGAGUAACCCAACCCUUUGAGAUGGGGGAAUGCUUGCUGUUGGUUGUUAAUGCUUCAUCCACCCAUCUCUGACUCUUCCAACAAUGUCAGGGAAACCUUUCAGGUUGGUGAGGGGACGGUCGAUCACCGGACAUUGUAGUCUUGACUAACAGUAUUUUGUGGUCCAAAAGUUCCUUGGAUAAUGAUUUCAUUUGGGAUGACGGAGAAGGGAUGCAAUGUCGAUUAACCCAUGCUUUAAUUAAAUUCACUCAUGAUUCCUA